CACAUCAUUUUCAUUUCUUGUUUUUGAAAGGAAAAAAAACCAAAUUAUUUUCCUAGAAACACCAAAGAAAUCUUCAGCUUUGAAACUUGAUUUCAAAUCCGAAGAUCUUAGUUUAAUUUCCUCCAGGUGAUGGAGGAAGAAGAGCAAAAUCUGGGGUUGCCAUUGUUACAGCCACAGGAGAACGAUGAAGAGACGAAUAAGAAGCCCAAGAAAUCGCCGUCGGAGAAGGCGGUGAGGAAAGCCUUCAAAGGGACGGCCCACCUGGCGAACCUCCUCCCGACGGGGACAGUUUUGGCAUUUCAGAUUCUCUCCCCCGUCCUCAGCCGCGAAGGCAGAUGCGCGUCCGCCGUCAGCCAGUCCAUGACGGUGGCGCUCCUCGCCGGAUGCGCCGCGUCCUGCUUCGUCCUCUGUUUCACCGACAGCUUCAGGGACGAGAGGGGAAAAGUCCGUUACGCCCUCGCCACGUUCCGGGGACUCCUCGUCCUCGACCUGUCGGCCUCCGCCACGCUUUCCCCGGACGAGGCGGCCAAACGGAGAAUAACGGUGUUGGAUUUCUUCCACGCGUUCAACUCCGUCCUUGUCUUCGCGGCCACGGCGCUGCUGGACAAGAACGUCGUGAACUGUCUGUACCCGUCGCCGUCGCCGGAGACGGAGGAGCUUCUGGCGAUUUUGCCGGUGUGCGUUGGGUUUGUGUGUAGCAUUCUUUUCAUUGCGUUCCCCAGCAAACGCCAUGGAAUUGGAUUCCCACUCUCUCGCAGCUAGCUAGAAAAAACAUACACUAAAAGGGUCCCUUUGAU